AUGAGGGGCCAAUUCCAGCUCUUCUCUUUGGUCCGGUGUGCCCGAAUGGGACGUGGAGCCUGCUGCAAGCCAAAGAGAAAAUUUGCCACUUGGACCUUCAGAUCUCUUGACCACAGGACCCUCGGCCAAGCAGUGCCCCAGCACUUUAAUUUUGCAAAGGAUGUGCUGGACCAUUGGUCCCAACUGGAAAAGGAUGGACACAGGGAGGCUCACCCUGCUCUCUGGGAAGUCAACACCGAAGGAGAAGAGGAUAAAUGGAGCUUUGAGAGGAUGAGUCAUUUCUCCCAGAAGGCAGCCAGCAUCCUCUCAGACACCUGCGGCCUCAACCGUGGGGACCGGCUGAUGAUAAUCCUGGGCCCCGCACCGGAAACCUACUGCAUCUUCCUGGCCUGUGUGCAGUUAGGAAUCACCUUUGUGCCAGGAACACCCCAAAUGACUGCCAAGGAGAUUCUCUAUCAGCUGCACACAUCUAAGGCCCAAUGCAUUGUGGUCAACAAGGCUGUGGUUCCACUUGUUGACUCUGUGCUGUCCAACUGCCCCACCUUGAAGACCAAGCUCUUGGUAUCAGAUAAGAGCUAUGAUGGAUGGUUGGAUUUCAGGGAUUUGAUGCGAUCAGCAUCCCCUGAGCACACCUGUGUUAAGUCAAAGACUUCGGACCCAAUGGUCAUCUUCUUCACCAGCGGGACCACUGGCUACCCCAAGAUGGCGAAACACAGCCAUGGACUUGCUUUACGAUCCUCCUUCCCUUCUAGGAGAUUACUGCAGCUGAAGACGUCUGAUGUCUUCUGGUGUCUGUCAGACCCAGGCUGGAUUCUGGCUGUUUUGGGGUGCUUGCUUGAACCAUGGACAGCAGGGUCUACACUCUUCAUUCACCAUCUGUCCCAGUUUGAGCCCAAAGUCAUUGUAGAGACAUUCUUCAAAUAUCCCAUCACCCAGUGCAUUGCUGCGCCAGGGGUGUACCGGAUGAUUCUGCAGAAGAACUUUCCCAGCCUCAGGUUCCCCUGCCUGGAGCACUGCUGUACUGGUGGGGAGCCGCUGCUGCCCGAGGAGCAAGAACAGUGGCGACAGCGGACAGGCAUCUUGAUCCAUGAGGCCUACGGACAGUCAGAAACGGCACUGAGCUGUGCUAAUCUCCGGGAUAUGAAGCCCAUGCCCGGCUCCAUGGGGAAGGCCAUCCCGCCCUACGACGUCCAGAUCAUCGACAGCAAAGGCAACGUCCUGCCCCCCAACACUGAAGGGAACAUUGGCAUCAGAGUGAAGCCCAUCAAGCCCAUAGGCCUCUUCAUGUGCUACGAGAACGACCCAGCCAAGACAGCCGAGGUGGAGUGUGGGGACUUUUAUAACACUGGGGACAGAGCGACCAUGGAUGAAGAGGGCUACUUCUGGUUCCUGGGGAGGUCUGAUGAUGUCAUUAAUGCCUCCGGGUACCGCAUCGGGCCUGCAGAGGUGGAGAACGCCCUGGCGGAGCAUCCAGCGGUGGCCGAGUCAGCUGUGGUGGGCAGCCCGGACCCGACUCGCGGGGAGGUGGUGAAGGCAUUUGUGGUCCUGACCCAGCAGUUCAUGACCCAUGACCAGGCCCAGCUGACCAAGGAGCUGCAGGAGCACGUGAAGUCAGUGACGGCCCCAUACAAGUACCCCAGGAAGGUGGAGUUUGUUCCAGAGUUGCCCAAAACCGUCACUGGCAAGAUUCGAAGGAGCGAACUUCGGAAAAGGGAGCUGGGUCAGAAGUAACCUGCAGCAAAUGAGAAACCACUUUGACGUCGGCCAAAUCCUGGGCUGCCUCAGUUUCCCUUCAGGGUGAGGGUGAGGAGGGGCGCAUUGAAGUUGACUUGGAAGCACAUCAGAAGGCCCAGCUCUCCAGAAUAAACAGCAGUCACUCUCCU